ACCUUUUGAUUCAUGGUCAAGCAGUUUCUACCUUCUCAUCUUCUUCGACAAAAUUUUCUCAACAAUCAUUAACACAGCGAAAACGUUAGCAUGGCGGUGACAUCAUCAUCAUCGUGUAAGGAACUAUCAGGUGGUGGAAUGAAGAUGCAAAUGGACAAUGGUAAGUACGUGAGGUACACGCCGGAGCAAGUAGAAGCGUUGGAGAGGCUCUACCAUGAGUGCCCGAAACCGAGCUCUAUGCGCCGGCAGCAGCUCAUUCGAGAGUGCCCCAUUCUCUCCAACAUCGAGCCGAAGCAGAUCAAAGUCUGGUUUCAGAACCGGAGGUGUAGAGAGAAGCAGAGGAAAGAGGCUUCUAGAUUGCAAACGGUGAACAGAAAGCUGACGGCGAUGAACAAGCUUCUGAUGGAGGAAAACGAUAGGCUGCAGAAACAGGUGUCGCACUUGGUCUACGAAAACAGCUACUUCCGCCAACAGACACAAAAUACGACUCUGGCCACAACAGACACUAGUUGUGAGUCGGUGGUGACAAGUGGUCAACACCAUUUGACUCCUCAGCAUCCACCAAGGGAUGCCAGCCCUGCUGGACUUUUGUCCAUUGCAGAGGAAACUUUAGCAGAGUUUCUUUCAAAGGCCACUGGAACUGCUGUGGAGUGGGUCCAAUUGCCUGGUAUGAAGCCUGGUCCGGAUUCCAUUGGAAUCGUUGCUAUUUCUCACGGUUGCACCGGUGUGGCAGCACGUGCGUGCGGCCUGGUGGGUUUAGAACCUACAAGGGUCUCUGAAAUCCUUAAGGAUCGACCUUCUUGGUUCCGUAAUUGUCGAUCUGUUGAUGUGCUAAAUGUGUUGUCCACUGGAAAUGGUGGAACCAUUGAACUGCUUUACAUGCAGCUGUAUGCACCCACAACUUUGGCACCAGCUCGCGACUUCUGGUUGCUGCGCUACACAUCUGUUUUGGAAGAUGGUAGUCUUGUGGUCUGUGAAAGAUCACUUAACAACACUCAAAAUGGUCCAAGCAUGCCACCAGUGCAGAAUUUUGUGAGAGCAGAAAUGCUGCCGAGUGGAUAUCUAAUUAGACCUUGUGAAGGUGGUGGAUCAAUCAUCCACAUUGUUGACCAUAUGGAUUUAGAGCCUUGGAAUGUGCCUGAAGUCUUGCGCCCACUUUAUGAAUCUUCAACACUUCUGGCUCAGAAGACAACAAUGGCGGCUUUACGCAAUUUGAGGCAAAUUUCUCAAGAAGUUUCUCAGCCUAAUACUAAUGGUUGGGGUAGGAGGCCUGCAGCUCUACGUGCUCUUAGUCAAAGAUUGAGCAAGGGUUUCAAUGAAGCAGUGAAUGGGUUUACAGAUGAGGGAUGGUCUAUUUUAGAAAGUGAUGGUGUUGAUGAUGUUACCCUUCUUGUGAACUCGUCUCCAGGCAAGAUGAUGGGUGCAAAUCUUUAUGCCAAUGGAGUUCCAUCUAUGAGCAAUGCAGUUUUAUGUGCCAAAGCAUCUAUGUUACUCCAAAAUGUGCCUCCAGCCAUACUUCUUAGAUUCUUGCGAGAACACAGAUCAGAGUGGGCUGACAGAAGUAUUGAUGCUUAUUCCGCUGCUGCUAUUAAAGCUGGUCCAUGUGGCAUGAUAGGGUCUCGAGCUGGAAGUUUCGGGGAUCAAGUUAUUCUUCCACUGGCUCACACAAUAGAACAUGAAGAGUUCAUGGAGGUUAUUAAGAUUGAAAAUAUGGGUCACUACCGGGAUGACAUGAUGAUGCCUGCAGCUGACAUUUUCCUCUUGCAACUGUGUAGUGGAGUGGAUGAGAAUGCUGUGGGCACCUGUGCCGAACUUGUCUUUGCUCCUAUUGAUGCCUCUUUCUCUGAUGAUGCUCCAAUUCUACCAUCUGGUUUCCGUAUCAUUCCUCUUGAUUCUCACAUGGAUGCUCCCAGUCCAAACCGUACACUUGAUCUUGCCUCUGCUCUUGAAGUUGGACCAACAGGAAACAGAUCAUCUGGUGAUAUUGCUGGUCACUGUGGGAGUACAAAAUCUGUUAUGACAAUAGCGUUCCAAUUUGCAUUUGAAAUUCAUCUUCAAGAUAAUGUAGCGUCAAUGGCAAGGCAGUAUAUCCGUAGUAUAAUAGCAUCAGUGCAGAGGGUAGCACUGGCACUCUCCCCUUCUCGUUUUGGUUCUCAUGCUGGUUUUCGCCCACCACCUGGCACUCCUGAAGCACAAACAUUAGCUGGUUGGAUCUGUCAGAGCUAUAGGUGCUAUCUAGGGGUAGAACUACUUAAAAGUGAAGGAAGCGAGUCCAUUCUCAAAUCCCUUUGGCAUCACUCCGAUGCAAUCUUAUGUUGCUCUUUGAAGGCAUUGCCAGUAUUUACAUUUGCAAACCAGGCAGGCCUCGACAUGCUUGAGACGACCUUGGUUGCACUUCAAGACAUCACACUGGAAAAGAUUUUCGAUGACAAUGGAAGGAAGAUUCUGUUUACCGAGUUCCCACAGAUCAUGCAGCAGGGAUUUAUGUGUCUGCAAGGAGGUAUAUGCAUGUCAAGCAUGGGAAGACCAAUCUCUUAUGAGAGAGCAGUGGCAUGGAAGGUGUUGAAUGAAGAAGAAACUGCUCACUGUAUCUGCUUCAUGUUCAUCAACUGGUCAUUUGUUUAAACACUUUGGAUAACAACAGAACAUAGGAUUUAGAAGAAAACAGGAAGAAAAAAAACUACAAUUUAGAAAAACCAAAAGGCAUUUUGGGCCUUCCUUCUUUUGGUUAUGCUACUCCCCUGUAUCAUGCUUUAUGCUUUAUUUAUGAAUCAUAAUGCUUUUCCUU